AUGUUGCGCCGAAUCGGUACCGCUGCCAGAUGUCAUGCGGCUUCUUUGACGGAGCGACCGAAACCGGAUCCUUGUUCUCAAUCGCAGUAUCGACUAGAUUACGAUCUAUUUUACGAGAUAGUCAGACGUCUGCUCCCAUGGCCAGUUACGACGAAUUUUGUGGUGCGACUGUUCAGGUUGUUGGAUGUCUCCGACAGUGGACUGUUAACGUUCCGUGAUUUGGCCAUGACAUUGUCGCUACUGUUACUGGGUGACGCUACUGAAAAGUUGGCUGUCAUAUACAAGUGUCAUAUUCCACCAGCCUUCAAUAUUUCCGAUCUUGAUGAGCUGAACCAAGGUGAUGAUGAACGAGAUGGCUGGUGUAUGACACUCCGGAGGUUGCAGUUGACGCGAUGGAUAUGCUGGCAUCUUCCACCAUCGGCUAGUACCUCACAAGGACAAUUCACCAACGAAAGGGGACAUUUCAAAGCACGGUCAACAAGUGCAGUGAUGGUGGAUGACCCAAAAUCGAGUGCUUCGUCAUUACUGGAUCUAAUAGCCCCAAAAUCUUACGGGAGUGAUCCAUCUGAUUCGAGUCAUGUUCAAGUAGCCGAUGAGGCUAGUGAGGAAUCACUGUCACUUAUUGAUGAAUCUAUCAGUAAACUUCGGAAUCUGCGUGCCACGUUGUCGUCACCAGAUGCGGCUUCCGCUCGACUGGAAAUCAAAACGCUCCCACCGAUGAAUCAGCACCCGUCGGAGCGAAAACGUGUGGGCCAAUCUCGCCAUUCCUGUGACAAAGGCCCAGCGUCUUCUCAUAGUAGUACUCUAGUAGAUAACCGGAUUUAUAACUAUGGAGACAAAAACGAUUUAUUUCAUACCAUCCUGUUUUCACUUGGGCAAACGGCAUCGCCAAGUAACCAAGUGCACUUGGAAGCAGAACUGGCUGAUGCGAUGAAAGAAGAUAUCGACGUUCCCACAGAUACGACGACACUGGACAAUACAAAGUCAGAGGACGAAGACGUGAAAGAGGAUCUUGAUGCGGCGCAACGUCGACGAAUUGCCGAAACUCGAACGGGAAUGGCUGAAAACGAAUGGCGCAUCAAUUUCGAACAAGUGCUCGCCACAGUUCUUAGCGAGGCCUUACUGGCGAAUUAUUUUGAGACCAAGUACUCGUUACAAGGACUUGUCAAGAGGUGUGUACUUCAUUCAGCGAACUAA